AAUCCAGUUCCUUUUGUUUUUCAUGCAGGCUGCCAUCCAACACAGCUGGGCUGACAGGAGGGAAGGGGAGAACAUUAACCUUGGUCUCCCUUAGAUCCUGAUCCUGAGUGAACCUGCUAGCCAUGGAUGACAGCUCCUCACUGGGCAAAGUCAGCAGCUCUACAGAGUCCGUGGCCACCGUCACCAGUGAAGAGUUUGUCCUAGUGCAGUCCAGCUCGGCCAGUUCACCGCAGGGCUCUGAGGGCAGACCGAGACUCAAGAUGUCGUGGAAUGGAAGUGAUCAGCUGGAAAAGGCUAUGGAGGAGGUGUUGGAUGAUGAUGAUGAGGUGAAGGUAGAAAAGAGCUGCGUGGAACAGAUGGAAAAGCAAAAGAAACUGGAGAGCCAAGUGUCAGAGACCCAACCUGCAGAAGCAUGUCCGGCACCAUCCAGUCCCAGUGUCAUAGAGGAGGACAGCGUCCAGUUCAACAAGCUAUCGUACCUGGGUUGCACGUGGGUCAAAGCUCCUCGCAACGAGGCAGAGGCGCAGAGAGCCAUGGCGACCCUGCGAGCGGAGAGCGCCAUCCCGAUUCCCAUCACACUGCAUGUUCCCUGUGGGCCAGAUGGUUCUGUCAGAAUCGUAGACCAGGCCUCAGGAACAGAGAUCGCCUCCUUCCCCAUCUACAAGGUGCUGUUCUGCGCCCGCGGGCGUGAAGGCUCUGUGGAAAGCGACUGUUUCUCCUUCACUGAGAGUUACCGAAGUUCAGAGGAUUUCCAGAUUCACGUCUUCUCUUGCCACAUCAAAGAGGCCGUCAGCCGCAUCCUGUACAGUUUCUCCACAGCCUUUCGGCGCUCUUCACAACGAGCAGACAUCAGGGACACGGCGCUUUCUGGCCCGCCUGACGGAGAUCUCUACACCUUCACUGUCUCACUGGAGAUCAGAGAAGAUGAUGGCAAAGGCAACUACAACCCGGUGCCAAAGGACAGGGAUAAGUUUUACUUCAAGCUGCGACAAGGUGUCCAGAAGAAGGUGCUGGUUUCUGUUCAACAAAUGUGCAACAAGGAGCUGGGCAUCGAAAGGUGUUUUGGGAUGCUGCUGAGUCCCGGGCAGAAAGUCUGCAACAGUGACAUGCAUCUUCUUGACAUGGAAUCGAUGGGAAAGAGCUCAGAUGGAAAAGCCUACAUCAUCACAGGAACGUGGAAUCCCAACAUGGCCGCCUUCCAGCCACUGAAUGAAGACACUCCCAAAGAUAAGCAGGUGUACAUGACGGUGGCGGUGGACCUGGUGGUGACCGAAGUGGUGGAACCCGUUCGCUUCCUGUUGGAAACUCUCGUCAGGGUUUAUCCGUCAAACGAACGUUUCUGGUACUUCAGCCGAAAGACCUUCAGCGAAACGUUCUACCUCAGGCUGCGGCAGCAGGCCCCUGACAGGGUGAGUCAGAGUGACGCUGUGUACGAAGUGGUGAGCCUUCAGAGGGAAGCAGAAAGAAACGUUGGAGAAAGGGAGCAGGUCACUUCCCAUAAUGAGGAAGAAGAUGUCGAUGAAGAUAGUGACAGCGAAAUCUCCAGUGGGACUGGAGAUGUCUCCAAGGACUGUCCGGAGAAAAUACUGGAGUCAUGGGGAGGGAUCCUCACCAGAUGGUAG